AUGGCGCCGGCAGGCAUAGUUGCAGCUUCAAUCCUGGCGACCAUGAAGAAGCUGUUCAAGAUGGACAGCGUCACUCAUGUGGCAAGCGUGGAGCUGUGGGUGUUGAUGACAACGCUGCUGCUGGUGGUGAGGUUCGCGCUGGAUGGCUUGGGGCCGUGGUACGCGGACAGGGCCACGGCAGUCACCAUCCAAAUCAUCGAGAUGCUCAACUACUCCAUGGUGCACUACACCAUGGGGCUGAUGCAGCUCUCGGCCAAGACGGUGAGCGACUACUUCCAGGUCUGGGCGGUGCUGCUGGUAACCCUGCAGUACAGCGUCAAGACUGGGCGCCUGUACCGGAGGUCCAAGAACACGCCGCUGCUGGAUGUCAUGUCAUCUUUUUGGACAGCCAAUCUCCUCCGAAUGCAGACCUUCUCCCUUCUCAGGAUUCCCCUUUGGGUAAUCUGGGCCCUCAACGCAGUCCGCAUCAUCUCCUACUUUGACUCAACUGAUAGGGCCGUCACCAUCAACCAAGAGAACACCAGGCUGGUCAGCGACUAUAUGCGAUACGAGCACACACUCGGUCCCUCUGGCGAUGCAGCCAAUUCCGGCGGUGAGUUCAGGAUGCAGUCAUACAAGUACUUGGUCUGUGGGGAAGACCUGGUGCUUCAUGACGCCCAGCAGGAGAGGACAACUGCAUCAGCACAGUACAGGAUUCGGUUGGAUCCGGAUAACAAUAGCAAGCUCAUCACCAUACAGAAGAUAUGGGAUUUGGAUGCUGGCAGCAGUGGGUUACUGGGCGGCACCAAAGACACUGGCAACCGAUUGAAAGACGUCUGCCUUUCAUUCGCCCUGUACAAGCUGCUGUGCCGUCGGUUCUAUAAUCUCCCGAUACAUGAGGCUACCCAAGACAAGACGAGGCGGCUCGUAUUCGACUACAUCCUGCAGGAGAACACCGACAACUAUGAGAGGGCAUUCCGCGUCACCAAGGUGGAAUUGUCUUUCCUCCAAGACUUGUUCUAUAGCAAGCAUGCUGCCAUGUUUGCAGGGGGAUUUCCAGUCUUCACUAUGCUCAUGUCUUUGUUUCUUGUUGCGGCCACCCGCUAUCUUGCAUAUCCGGUCCAUUAUAUACCAGAGAGAAUGGAUCAAGCCGACAAAAAUACCAUCACUCACGGGGUGAUUGUCACUCGCAUCAUAGUUGGCCUUAUCAUUGCCAAGGAGCUUUUGGAGGUCUAUCAAUAUGUAUUCUCGGAAUGGGCAAAGGUUCUCCUGAUCUGCAAGUACAUCCAGCAUCGGUGCAUGCAGAAUCUGGUGGCGGAGGCAGCAAUGAGAAGUAUGUUUAGGUUCAUCAGGGGCAAAUGGGAUCAAAGGAUCUUCCAGUAUAACCUUCUGAUUUCUUACUCGCAUCCUUUGAAGAAAUUCCCCCGAUCCAUCAAAUUGGAGUCAGAAGUAAAGACGGCUAUAUUUGAGUCGUUCAAGGGCCUGCAGCAGCAUCCAAAAAGGCUGGAAACCUACUUCUUAAAUGCAUUCGGAUCAAAGGAAGCCCUUAUGCAACAGCUAACAUGGGCAGUUCAGUUAGAGGCUGAUACCCACAGGAUACUGGUCUGGCACAUCGCAACAUGCUUCUGCGAGAUACAUUUCUCUGAUGAAGCGAAAAAACUCAAGGUUCUAUUCCUUCGAAAUAGGCUCUUGGCUAGGAAAUCAACAACUUCAUAUGAUGUGUGGCCACAUUACUUAACUGCUGUCAGCUUAUCAAACUACUGUGCAUACCUUCUUACCAAAGCGUUGGUACCAGACAACGGCUUUGUUGUUACAAAGGUCUUGAAUGCCGUACGUAAUGAAACCUUUCGUGCUACUUAUUGCUCGUUCUCCCAAUCAAUGAAAGAUGUCUACAGGAAACUUGUGAAGAUUGCCAUUGAGCUCUCUAAACAGUCUGAUGAGGUGGUCAGUGGAACAAGUGGAGCCCCUGAAAGUUCGGUACUCUAUGAGCAAGUGCCCCCGAUGGUUACUGAUGAGGAAGAUCCCAACAGAAUGGGAGAUGGUGAUAUUAACAGUUCCAUAACCAAUGACCAGGUACCGAGUAGGGAAUAUACUGUUAAGGGUGACGAUGCCAUCCAUAAUUCGAUAACCCAGAUGGGUGCAAAGCUUGGGAAGCAGUUGAUAGAGAGUUACAAUUCCGACAGUGUAGGCCUAUGGAGGGAUCUAGCAGUGUUCUGGACAGGUUUCCUCCUCAACUUGGCAGCAUCAACCAGAGCAGCCAAACAUAAGACACGACUGGCUGGAAAGGGGGAGCUCAUAACACACCUGUGGGUUUUGCUGUCUCAUGCCGGGUUUCUCGGAAAUGCCAUGCAUGGGCAAACACUCUUAGACCCACAUGACCUUGAUGAUGUCGACCCGCUCAGAUGA